UCUUGUGCUGCUCUUCUGUAGCCUCUUAUCACUCUUGCGCCAGCUAUGGUGGUGUCCAGCCAGCUACGACAGACAGUGCAGGAGGAGGAGGUCCUUCCUCGCCACAACAUUGCCGAGCAGAUUUCUCUCCAUCUAUCUUCCCCACGAUCUUAGCGCCGUUCCCCCUCGCGCGUGGUUGUUAUUUGACAUUUAAUUCUGAGUUUUUUUGAAGCGCUUCUUGAGCUGAUUUGAAGUUCGUUGGUGGACUUUCCGUGGUUGGAUUCAUGCUUUUUUAUGGACAGGUUGCCAGUCGGAACGACGGGCGACAAUGGAAUACUGGACGAACGGUGAUCACGAUUUGUGAGGAGUGAUUCCAUAGCACAGGUUGCAGACGUGAGUUCUUUCCCCGCAGUUUUUUCGUCGUUGUUAGAGAGAUUUUGUGAUUUCUAGAGAGUUGUAGGGCCGAGAGGAGCUUAUGUACCGCGGCACUCGAGAUCGGAGGUGUGGCCCUAUGAGGAUGGUGAAUGCCUUGGCGAGGAGGUGGAGUUUUCACGAGCCUGCGUGAGGAAUUUUGGAAGGAGGGAAGGGGUGUGAGUGCGUAAAAGGGACGUUGAGGAAGAUGGCACGUCUCUUUUGACGUAUGGUGUUUCGAAUUCGGCAUCAAUCGAUGUUUCUUUUGUUUAACUUUCGUAAUGCUGUGGAAUAUUUCACCAAUCAUUGUCCCCCGAAAGUGAUGCAAGUUUUAGAUGCAUUCAUAACUCAAGAACUGUGUGUUCGUGUGAAUAACAUGGACAAUGCAAUGGACGUUGUAUCUGUGGACGUUUUGACACGAGGACGUCUAAGUUAUGGUCUAAACUGAUACAGUUCAAGGCAAAGUACGUGUGAUCCUGCCGAAACUGCAGUAAUUCGGAGAGUGGAGCUACUGCAGUUUGCUGCGUUUAGGGUAGUCGCAUUCUAGAUCUAUCCUUGUACGUAUUGCAGCUCAUGGUCAGGCCAGAACCUACUCUGGGCAGCUAGGACAAUAGGGCACAGUGUCAUAGUUUAUCUCAGCAAUGGGCUCGGUGAAGCCUUCUGUUCGGCAUCGGGGCUCCGGAGCCCUAUCGAAUGCGCUUCAUUCGGAUGGGAUAAUUGGCGGUGCCAACGGAUCCCCUGUUAGUAAUGGUUCCAUCAAUCACUUGCGCAAUGAAUUGUCUGAGUUCGAGAAGGAGGACUUCGAUGCCCAGGCUUAUGUGCGAUUGAAGUGUCAAUCUAUGAGUGAGAAGGGUAUACGCAAAUUGUGUGAUGAUCUGCUUGGUUUGAAGAAAUCGUCUGCGGAAGAAAUGCGAAAGAGCGUGUACGCUAAUUAUGCCGCUUUUAUAAGGACUUCUCGUGAGAUAUCCGAUCUGGAGGGCGAGCUAGUUGCCAUGCGGAACCUUCUAAAUUCUCAGGCCUUACUUGUUCGUAGCUUGGCAGAGACUGGUACUUCUAAAACUGCUGCUGGUACAGCAGGGGCUGACAAGGAAGAAAAGGUCUUUCCUCUACACGAGAAGGAAUUCUCAGUUUUAGAAAGACGUGCUCAGGCUCUUCCAGAUAUUCUGGAUGUUCUACUAGCUGAGAAGAAGGUGGAUCAAGCUUUGCAGGUCUUAGAAGAAGGUGAUAGACUAGUUGCAGAAGGUUUUCAGUCAACUGGCUCCGAGGGUGGAAUGAGUCCCGUUGCAGCUUCAGAGUUGCAGGUGGCGUUGUUUGAGAGAAGAGCAAGGUUAGCUGAGCAGCUUGCGGAAGCUAUCCAACAACCCUUUUUUAGAGGUUUAGAGCUGCGAUCUGCCAUAGCUGCUUUAGAUAAAUUGGGUGAUGGAACACGAGCACACACUCUGUUGUUGCAAUCUCAUCACGAGAGACUCCAGCACAAUAUGAGAGGACUUCGUCCCAGUGGAACAUCGUAUGGUGGGGCUCAUACCGUUGCCCUUUCCCAGCUAGUUUUCUCCGCAAUCGCCCAGGCUUCAAGUGAUUCAGUCGCAGUAUUUGGAGAAGAACCUGGUUAUGCUUCUGAGCUAGUAUUGUGGGCCCGUUCGGAAACUGAGCUCUUUUCCUCCUUAGUGAAACGACACGUCUUGUCCUCCUCGGCUGCUGCUGGAGGUCUACGAGCUGCUGCCGAAUGUGUGCAAAUUGCUCUUGGACACUGUCAGUUGCUGGAAGAUCAAGGGUUAGCUCUUUGUCCUGUCCUUUCCAAGCUCGUAAGACCAAGUAUGGAGCAAGCUUUGGAAGCAAACUUGACCAGAAUUGAAGAGAGCGUAUCUGCAUUGGCAGCAGCUGAUGAUUGGGUUCUUAGUCAUCCUGGCGCAAUGUUACGCGGUUCAUAUGGAACGAGGUCCUCUUAUGGUACUGGGCAUGGUUUGCACACAAAGUUGUCCAGUAGUGCACACCGGUUCAAUUUCAUGGUGCAGGAUUUUUUGGAAGACGUUGCUCCUUUAAUAAGCAUGCAGCUGGGAGGUCCUACACUAGACGGUCUCUCCAUGCUUUUUGACCAAUAUGUUGACAUGUUGAUUAAGGCCGUGCCUAGUCUUGGCGAGGACGAGGAAGGUGGGGUAGAGUCUGGAACUAAUCGGAAGGUUCGACCUGCAACGACUGAGAGUCAACAACUAGCACUUCUUGGAAAUGUAUCUGCGCUUGCUGAUGAACUUCUACCUCGAUGUGCUUCGAAAUUGGUUCCUGGUGGUAUGCAGACUGUGAUGAGCAGAGAUGACUUGCGUUCAGCAACGCGCCGAGGGCGCGAUCGAGAUCAAGAAAGAAAUCAAUUUGGAAAUGUUGCCAAUCGUUUACCGGAGCUUAAGGAUUGGCGGCGAAUGUUGCAGCGAGGAGUUGAUAGGCUUAGAGAUCAUCUUUGUAGACAGCACGUUCUUGAAUUAAUAUACUUUUCUGAGGAAUCUGUGUCCCAGCUCAGCUCAGAGACUUAUUUAAAACUUGACAAUGAUGGCGGAGAUCCGAAUUGGCUCCAAGAACCGAUGCCAUCUCCUAUUUUUCAGACUUUGUUUUACAAGCUGACCUCAAUCCAACAGGCAGGUUCAGAGCUACUUGCAGGCAGGGAAAGAGUGGUGGUUGUUUUGCUCAUGCGACUAACUGAAACCUUAGUGAUUUGGCUUUCGGAAGAUCAAGACUUUUGGGAUGCCAUUGAAGAUGGAGAAAACAAUCUUGGUCCUAUUGGUUUACAACAAUUUGUUUUGGAUAUGCAGUUCGUCAUCCAGGUUGCUAUAAACGGUCGGUUUUCGUCGAGACACAUGCGCCAAGUAGUGAACGAUGUCACAGCACGAGCUGUUACUGCUUUUGCAGCGGCAGGAGGUGACCCACACAGUGUGUUGCAAGAAGACGAAUGGUUUUUAAAUGCAGCUCAGGAAGCAGUGCGUAGGCUUCUGGAAGAUUGGAAUCGACAAGCUGGCAGCCCAACAGCAUCAAUUUCUGCACAGUCAGUUUCGUCAUUCCGUUCACAUGGCAGUGAAGAAGUUGCUUGAGUCAGCUCGAUUGAAUAUUGGAAUCUUGGAGACUUCUACGGUGCUGACCUUGAUAGGAUGGAGUCCACGCAAAGCGAGUCUUGUUAUGCUGAAAUGCGAAACCCAAGUUACGGGGCAUAUUGGAUGUCCAGGUGUUGAUUUUGAAAGAUCGUUGGUAUGCAUCACCAGUAUAUAUGGAGAUGUUGACCAUACUAGUUAACCAAGGGGCUAACUGUCAUUAAAGAUGACGAGUUGUGUGGAAAUGAGUCAGAUUUGGUCAGCUUGUGCUCGUUGACGUCUACGCUGCUUGGAAGAAACAUUGCUUCGAGUCAUUCCAGGUUUUUGGUUUAUUCUGAUAGUCGCUACUUGGAUAAUUCGAUAGCAGUAGAAGUGUGUGAAGCCCUUGGCGUCCAGCAUUCAGUUGUGUGCACAGGUUUGUUCUGGUGUACAUCGGGUGUCUUCAAGUACGGGUGGGCACUUGGGCAUUUUGUACAGCGCCCUGCUGAUAGUGGACACAUAAACAGCGACUUUUGGAGUGUUUAUCUGCGGCAGUUCUCAGGAUGUGGCAUUGGUUUUCAUGAACCUGGGUUGCCCUCCAGUGGAGGCGCCUGUCAUUGACGCAACACUUCAAUGAUACCCUCAUUUGGGUUGUUUGUUCCGGUGUAUUUUGUCAGAUCGUUUACUUUUUGUUGCAUCAUUUAUCUUCUCCAACCUCAAAUUGAGUGUGGAGUUUUCAUUAUUUGGAAUAAAAAAUGGAGUGUUUUGAGUGUCUCAUUUUAAGCCCAGGAAAGUUUUUGCAACAGGAAUUCUAGGUUUUAAAGCCAGUGAAAGGACAUCUUUCCGGGGUUCCAUCUUAAGAGGGUCGGGAUUCUACCUAAACCCCUUUGCCCUGGGUGCCGAAUUCGUCUAUGCCUAUGUGUGGCACUCCAUGCUCGGUGAUAACCAUUGAUAAGUCAACAAUCUGCGCAAUGUGGUACCCGGUAAGGUCACUGCCUUGGUUGAUAUUGUGUGAGGUGUAGAGAAUCAUAGAUAUAGAGUAUGAAUCUCCUCACUAAGUUCACGUAGUUACAAAAUUCAUGGAUAGAAUAGAAGUAAAAAAAGCGUAGUUUCAUUGGGUUUUUUCAUUAAAUAUAGAUGUUACGUGCUAUUAAAUUAUAACGAAAAUGGAUUGUAAUGCAAUGCAUUCCUAAAUUGUAAAAAAACUUAGAAUCCUAAGUCUUAGUCUUAAUUCCUGAAGCAAAAUCCUAAAAUCAGGAGUACUUCAUUUUUUACCUCAUUUCUAAGCUAGUUUCAACCCGAACUCAAUGAUUUACUUAGUUACAAAAGGUCACACACUUGGAAGAAUCUAACCUCCACCUUUUAGUGCUGAACUAAUAUUCUACUCACCAAUGCCAAGGCAUAGUUAUAAUAAUUUUGAUUGCAA